ACCCUUGUCAUCGUUGUUUUCUUGAAAUUGAUUGACCCAAACAGGCAUAGCCUCGCGUCGCUCCGUCCGAACCGAUCGAGAUAAACCUCCCAAAACCCCUCCCCGGACUGUCUUCACACCUUCGACUGCCAGUCCCCUUCUCUCCGUCGAGAUCGAGAACCCCCGACAAACAAUUUCUCGAGGAGAACGGAACUGUCGGAGCUUGAGGUAAAACACCAUGAACUUUGGGAACCUCCGAGAACCCGAACGGCUCUCCCUUUCACCGAGAAACCAAGACCAGCCCAAGCUGCCCAGCCUGCAGGAUGCCUUCACCUCCCUCCAAACCCACUGCUCCGCCUUCCUCCGCCGCAUUAACCCCGAUUCCCUCAUACCCCACCUUCAAUCUUCACUCUCCAACCUCCGCUGGCCUACUCCUCUCUCCUCCCAGGGGAGCCCGGCUUGGGCUUCCACCACGGCUGAUGGCGGGGCCAACUCCGGCCCCAUCACCCUCUCGAGUGCUGGCAGGGGCGGCCCCAUGUCAGUGGAGGAUAUCGAAGAGCGGCUGGCGGGCGUGCCCGUGUACGCGCUGAGCAACUCGGCCGAAGAAUUCGUGUUGGUGUCGGGGGUCUCCACCAAGAAGUCCUUGGGGCUGUUCUGCUUCAGGGAGGAGGACGCGGAGGCUCUGCUCGACCAGAUGAAGAGCAUGGACCCUGGAAUGAGGAGCGGCUCUAGGGUUGUCUCUGUGGCUCUUAACAAGAUAUUUCAGCUUAAGGUUGAUGGGGUAGCGUUCAGAUUGAUUCCUGAGUUCUCUCAAAUUAAAAAUGCCAUUAAAGUGAGGCAAAUGGAUGGCUUCUCUGACGAGGCAUUCCCUGGGGUUCCAAUAUUCCAGUCAAGGAGCUUGAUCCUCAAAAGCAGAAACAAGAGCUAUCGUCCAGUUUUCUUUAGAAAGGAGGAUUUAGAGAAUUCUCUACAAAGGGCCUCCCGUCAGCAGAAUCGGUUGAACCCCGCCUUGAGGCAAGGAGAUAUUCAGGUUGCUGCGCUUGAGGAAAUAAUAAAAGGGAUGAAAGAGGAUUCUGGCGCAAAAUGGGAUGACGUUGUAUUUAUUCCUCCUGGAUUUGAUGUCUCAACCGAUCCUUCGCAGCAGUCAGUGGAUGGGAGCAGUGCUUGAUGAUGUUUGUAUACAUGAAGCGAUGUUUUGGUGCACCUGAGCUGUUAGUGCAGGUAAGUUAAAGUAGCAAAAAGCUCCUCAAGGAAAGAUAGAAAUUUGGCUUCUGAUAGGGAGGUUGGAAUUAUUGCGCUGCUCAUAGAUUUCUGAUAGUAAUGGAGAAAUUUGAAGAGAAUCCAAACUGUUCGUUUACCAAAUUGAAGUGUCCAAGAAAUCUGUUCUUUUACCAAAUUAUUUGAGCUAUCGCCUAUUAAGAAUCCGAUGGUCAGAACUUGACUUAUGCGUGAUAGUAAGCAAUUGUAUGAUCCAACUCCUGUGUGCACGAUCAUAUUUACAUGUUAACCUUCUUUCUU